UCCCUAUACCUUUCUCCUUUGCACUUUUUCCCAUUUAAUUUGUUUGCAUUCUCAUCCUCUUAUUCUUUUCUCUCUCCUAUAUUCCUCUUCAUCUUGACUCAUUUUGUUUGUCAAUUUCCUUCAAAAGAUAAACUACGAAAAAUGCAUCAAAACCAGGAGUAUCCUUCUCCCUGUCUGUGUUGCCACCCUCAUAGUUAUAUUAGAAUGGUUCAAAAUCUGAUAGAGAGGUGUUUGCUUCUUGGCAUGGAUAAAGAUCAAUGCGUUAAGGCGCUCGCUACACAUGCUACAAUCCCUCCACUCGUAACAUUAACAGUUUGGAGAGAGCUUCUGAAGGAGAACAAGGACUUCUUCCAAGUUUACUUCAACAAUAUAUCUUCACGACCCUUCUUAAGCAGGCAUUAUCAAAGAGAACCAAGAUUUGCAAGAAGGAAACAAUGGAAAUGAAUGCAAAUUAAGGGACGGAUCUUAAAUAUCGAAGAACUAGGGUUUUCUAGGACUUGACAUAAUGAUUACAAUUAGAUUUCUAAUUAGGGAGGCCAGCUCUCUUAGUAUUCAAAAGUCUUAUCCUUUGUUAACCUUGUUUUGGAGGUCCUACUUUAGAAAUGGCUAUUACUACAAAAGAUAGGACUCAAUAAAAGAAAGAUGGAUGAGUGUCCAGGCACGUGCUUGCUACUAUUUCAUAGAGAUUUACUUGUAAUUACCUUAAAAGUGAUAUGAAUGUAUAAAUAUUUUUUAUUUCA